AUGGUUUUGGAAGACAACCCACUUCGUGGCUCUAUACCAGAAUCUAUCAGAAACUUCUCCAGUUCCCUACAAAUUCUACUCGCUUGCAAUUGUCAAAUAAGAGGUCGCAUUCCUGAGGAAAUUGGUUUCUUGCAGAGAUUGACUUUCCUAGGAUUGUGCAAUAACGAUCUAGAUGGCACCAUCCCAUCGUCAAUCGGAGGACCAAAAAGCUUGCAAAGGCUGUAUCUUGAUAACAACCAUCUCGAAGGACCGAUCCCCGAUGACAUAUGCAACUUGACAAGUUUAGGAGAGUUGCUGCUCCAGCAAAAUAGGAUGUCGGGAUCGAUCCCGAAUUGCAUUGGACGGCUAAGCAGCCUUCAAAAGUUUCUGGUAAGUUCGAAUAACAUGUCAUCGGUUAUACCAGUUAGUCUGUGGAGCCUUCAAGAACUCAUCAUUCUCGAUCUUUCACUCAAUUCUUUCAAUGGAGGGCUACCGUUUGACAUGGCGAAAAUAAGAGCUAUAACCAGCAUUGAUCUUUCUUGGAAUCGACUUACCGGCGCCAUAUCGAGUUCCAUCCACAAGUUGAACAGCCUUGCUUCUCUCAACUUGUCAAGGAACUCAUUUCAAGGAUCGAUACCGCAAUUGAUCGGCAAUCUUAAAGGGUUGAAUUUCCUUGACAUCUCCUACAAUGAGUUAUCAGGCACGAUACCCGAGUCCAUGGAAGGACUUACAUAUUUGCAAAAUUUGAACUUGUCCUUUAAUAAGCUAUCGGGAGAGAUUCCUAAUGGUGGGCCCUUUGGAAAUUUCUCAACUCUCUCUUUCAUUGGGAAUGAAGCACUUUGUGGAAAUGCGGCUUUUCAAGUCCCAUCUUGCAAACUAAAUGGAAAGAAAUCAUCAAGGGAUAAGCCGCUCCAGUUACUAUUAAUUAUGUUGCCAAUUGUAUCAACUGUACUUUUAGUCCUCGUUAUUUGCUUGCUUAGAAUGUGUGGGGACACUAGUAAAAAAGCUCCAGUUUCGGUGGAGAACCUGCUUGGAAUUGACCACAUGAUGAUAUCAUAUCAGGAACUUCGCUCGGCUACUAACAACUUCAGCGAAAGCAAUUUGCUUGGAGUAGGAAGCUUUAGCUCGGUGUAUAAGGGGACUCUGGCCAGUGGGACAGAUGUUGCGAUCAAAGUAUUGAAUCUCUAUAUUGAAGGCGCCCUAAAAAGUUUCGACGCAGAAUGCGAGGUUUUCCGCAUUAUCAGGCACCGGAAUCUCGUCAAGGUGAUCAGCACCUGCACGAAUGCCGAUCUGAGAGUGCUGGUGUUGCAAUACAUGCCCCAUGGGAGCUUGGAUAAGUGGAUUUACUCCAACAACUAUAACUUGGGUCUCCAUCAGCGAGUGAAGAUAAUCGUCGAUGUCGCAACGGCAAUUGAAUAUCUCCACCAUGGCCAACCGGAACCCGUUGUGCACUGCGAUAUGAAGCCUAGCAAUGUUCUUCUAAACGAGGACCUGGUCGCACAAGUUUGCAACUUCGGAAUUGCGAAGAUUUUGGCUGAGAACAAACCCGAACUCUUGGCACGAUUGGUUACAUUGCUCCGGAAAGAAAAAAGAUCAAUUGCUAAUGUUCUUAUUCCACAAACCAUGACGCUUGUAGAGUACGGUUUGGAAGGAAAAGUCUCGACAAAAGGAGAUGUCUAUAGCUUCGGCAUAUUGUUGCUGGAAGUGAUUACUGGGAAGAAGCCAACCGGUGAAAUAUUCGAUGCGGAUAUGAGCUUGAGGCGAUGGGUAGGUGCAGCAAUCCCGGACCGAGUGCUUGACAUCGUGGAUAGCGGAAUCCUCAGCAUGAAGCUAGAAGAUUUGACGCUCCCGGAACUCGAGAGCAUAGUUUUAUCGAUCCUCGAGUUAGGACUAGAAUGUUCAAAGGACUUGCCUGAGGAAAGAAUGGACAUGAAAACUAUCAUGGGCUCUCUCGCCCUCGGGGAAGCAGAACGAUUGAACGAGGACGACGUUAGUGGUGCUCUCUCUGUGGCUCUCUCGGCACCAGCUCUUGUGUUUGCUCCUAGUGUUCAAAGCGAACAUCAGCAGCUGGGUUUCCAAAGCUGUGUUCAAGAUUCGGCUCCGUCAUUACUCCCGUCGGACACCACCCUCUUGAAUCCUCGGCCAACUUCGAGGGUUGAAGUUUCGAAUCAAUCUCUGGAAACCCUUUUACGUGUACGCUCUUCUUCCUUCGCUCUCAUCCUCCAUUGGACGCUUGAUUUGCCUUCGUGUCUCUUCUUCCCUCUGCUUCACCAGAGGGAUGCGGAGGUGGAGGGGCUAAGGGAGAGGGCGGCUUUGAGAGACGUGAGCAACGAGAGGGAUACGUUGAAGGUGGAGUGCGUGGGCUUGGUGGAGAAGGCGGGCCUGUUGAAGGAGGGCCUGAGUGAGAUGGAGAAGGUGAGGAGGUAUCUAGAAGGGAGCUUCGAGAGGUUGAAGUUGCAGAACGAGAAGUUGGUCAGGGAGAAAGAGGAAGGGGAGAGAGCGAUCGAGGCGGCGAUGAAUAAAAAGCAAGAAAAAAAGAAAAAAGAAGAAGAAACCGAAAACCGAUUCGAAUCAAACCAAGCCAAAUCAGUUUUUCGAUUCAGUUCGAGCGAGUUUCGAUUCGGUUCAAGGGGGCAUCCUUAA